ACAAACAUGGCGGCAGGAGGCGGCUGACUGAAAAGGAACGCUAUGCAUCUUUAGCAACCGUUUUCCUCAGUAAUAGAUAAUCUCCUCUCGUUGAUCACAGCAUGGAGCCCGUCCCGUUUACGGAGGAGGUUUCGGAGAGAAAAGUAUCUGUUGUCGGCUCAGAGUUGGUGGAAAACUACACUGUCUACAUCAUUGAUGUGACGGAUGGACAGCACAGGUGGACUGUGAAGCACCGCUAUAGUGAUUUCUACGACCUCCAUGAGAAGCUUACGGCAGAGAAAAAGGUUGAUAGACGACUGCUUCCUCCUAAGAAGAUCUUGGGAAAGAACUCAAAGAGUCUGGUGGAGCGGCGGCAGAAGGAGCUGGAGCUCUACCUGCAGACUCUUCUCCAGCAGUUUCCUCAAGCCACGCCCACACCGCUCACCAACUUCCUACAUUUUCAUCUCUACGAAAUCAAUGGCAUCACUGCAGCGCUGGCAGAGGAGUUGUUCCAUAAAGGUGAGCAGCUGCUGCAAGCCGGCGAGGUGUUUUCUCUCCGUCCUCUGCAGCUCUUCUCCGUCUCCCAGCAGCUGCGGAUGGCCAAACCAACCUGCUGCAACGGAGAUGCCAAAACAGACCUGGGACACAUCCUCGACUUCACCUGCAGGCUGCGAUACCUCAAGAUUUCUGGUACCAGAGGUCCAGUAGGAACCAGUAAUAUUCAGGAGGCGAGUCUCCCCUUUGACCUGUCUGUUUUCAAAUCCCUGCUGCAAAUAGAGAUCACAGAGUGCAGCUCUCAGCAGAUUCUUGGUUUGUCCUCUCUGAGGUCGAGCUUGGUGACGAUGAGCAUCCAUCGCUCCACCGAAUCUAUGAUGUCUGUCCUCGUCCCAGAGGGGAGUGAGUUCUCGCAGUGGGAGCCUGAGGGGGUGGAGUCUGGGUGUCCGGUCACCGCUGUCAUCCCUGUGUGGAGAAAUCUCACCACGCUGGACAUGAGUCACAACUGCAUCAGUAGCAUCGACAGCUCAGUGAAACUGAUGCCUAAGGUGGAGUUUCUGGAUCUGAGCUACAACCAGCUGUCCUCAGUGGAAAACCUCCAGCACCUGUACAAUCUGGUCCACGUGGAUCUGUCCUAUAACAACCUCCAGGAUCUGGAAGCAGCUCACACUCGUCUGGGGAACAUCAAAACCUUGAGCCUGGCUGGCAACCAGCUGGACCGACUGACCGGUCUCACGAAGCUCUAUUCUCUGGUCAGCCUGGACCUAAGCCACAACCAACUGGCACAGUUGGAGGAAAUCAGGAACAUCGGCUCUCUGCCCUGUCUGGAGAAACUCAACCUGUCCAGUAACCCCAUAUGCAUCAUCCCAGACUACAGAACCAAAGUCCUGGCCCAGUUUGGGGAUCGUGCAGCAGAGGUUUGCCUGGACUGUAAUGCGACGACGGAAAAGGAGCUGGACACUGUGGAAGUGUUGAAAGCCAUUCAGAAAGCCAAAGAAGCCAAAGAUCGCAUGAGCGGCAACGACAAGAAGAUCAGUGAGGAGACCAGGCUUUCUGCUGCUGUACCUCCUCUCCUCUCCUCCUCCUCCCCCUCCCCUCUCCCGGCCUCCUCUUCCUCUCCUCUCCCAUCCACCUGCUCUCCCUCUUCUCUCGCUCCUCCCGCUGCUGUCACGUCCUCCUCCUCCUCUUCCUCUUCUACCUCUUCGGCCCAGCAGGCUGCCUGCUCCAGCAAAGAUGUGACGAACAGAGAAGAAGCCCCAGUUCCCCCCAGUGUUCCCCCUCCCGUGGACCCUACACCUCCCCCUGCAAGCUUUAGCACCAACACACACCUCCCGUCUGCUGACUCUGCACAGAUGCAACAGCCUGUUGUCAGUUUGUCUGAACACACUCACUCUGGGGCUUCUACAAGCAUUACUACUGUUACUACUUCUACUUCUGCUACUGUAUGUUGUGUCUGCUCCUCUUCCUCAUCCAGACCCGUUGAGGCCAGUUGCUCCUCGUGCAGUGCUGCCUGGUGUCCUCUGCUUCCUUCUCACCUGCUUUCCCUUUCCUCCUCCAACAAGGACUUCAUCACCCAGCUUACGCAGCAUCUCAGCUUCACCCUGAGGCAGCAGAAGUUGAAGAAGGAGGGGGAAGAGAAGGAGCAGGAGAGGGAGGAAGAAAAGAGCUCUGAAUCCAGAGAGGUUCAGUCUCAUGUAGAGGGCACUGAAGUGGGCAGCCCCAGUCCAGGGUCCACUGAUGGCUACUUUGAGAUGAGUCUGGAUGACUCUGUGGAGGAGCUGGUCGGCCCCUCCUUCAUGUCGCUCCCUGCUCCUACUGCAAAGGAGCCUGGUGGCCAUCAGGAGGAGCAGAGUGAGGAGAAACAGGAAGAGGUCCAGGUCCGCCGGGUUCUGUGGUGCUACUGUGUUCAGGUGGAGGAGGAGGAGGUGAAGCAGAAGGUGGCAUGCCUGGUGCUUGCGGACCAACUGUUGGGCCUGCUGUGCUCAUCACAUGAUUUCACAAGGGCCAAUCAGAACAUGGACCAAGUGGAGGAAGUGCUGUUCAGCCUCCAGGUGGACCUCCUACUCCCGUACUCCCAGCUCUCACUCUCUUCCCAAGCUGAGCUCCCAGACUCCUGUCUUGCCUUUGGACUGCAAGCAAAACCAGCCCGUUGGUUCUACAUCUUCUCUGAGGUUGAGGAGCUUCAGCAGAUUAGAUCUGAGCUCACGGUGCUGCUUCAGGUUGACCCAGAGCUCUCCAACACUCAUCAACUCCUUCCCCGCUCUCUCAUCAACUCCUGGGAGCUGGAGGAAAGUCAAGGGGCGCAGGGAGGCUAUCCCGUCCUCUUCAUGCCCUCCUCUUCGUCAUCUGUCCUCAACACUAAUCCCCUCCUUUCAGACAUCUUAUCUGAGGAGCCCAGCUUUCCCUCUCUGUUCUUCCUCACCCACCGACAACUGUGGGUGCUGAAGAUGGACUUCAGAGAGCUGUCAGAAAUAGAGAAGCCCAAUGCUGGCCUUCGUCGUCUCUCCUCCUCCUUUUGUAGGCUAGUCCGUGUACCCCUCGGCUCUGUGGUGCUUCACCCCAGAGAGAGAGAUGCUCAGGUGGGGGACAAAGUCAGCAAUGCAUCCUGCUCGGACCCACAACAUCCCCAGAGGAGGAGUCACACUGUGGAGCUGCUGCUGGGUGAUCACAGGCUGCUGGUGUGCUUUCCUGUGGUCCAGAACAAGAGCUCCUUUCUGGGGUUGCUGAGCCAACGAAGGUCUGCUCUGGAGGGGCUGAAGGUGGUGGCCCUGCCCCAGCCCUCCAGGCUCUGUCCACAGCAAGGUGAGUUCUCACAAGGUCGUUAUAGAUCCAGAGACCAGUGCUGUUGUACCAAUACCAAGCAGUCACAUGGCUCCAGCAGCUGGGACUCUUCCCGUCUUCACAUGGAGGAGAACCAACCCUCUCCCCACCUCAUUCCUGGUCUGUCACCGGGUCUGAAGCUCAUGGCUGGACUGGGAGAGCAGCAGCUGCUCACCUACUUCCACAGAUAUAUAGCACAGUCUGAGGCGGAGGAGGUGAGACAGGUGCUGUGGCUGUCUGUGAUUCUCUACAAAUCUCCUGAGACUGAACUCACCUGCUGUCUGCUACUCUCCACUGAUUCAAUCUACUUCCUGUUGGAGGAUUCGGCCACUACACUGGGUCAUCAUUCAGUGUUGGACAUAUCAGACUCUGGAGAUCCAGACACAUGUCUGUGCUGCUGUAUGUCCAUCAGACUCUCUGAUCUGCUGGCCGUCAACGUUGGGCUGUUUGAUCAGUACUUCAGAGUCGUAGGUCACUCAGCAGAUCAUGUGGUGUGCUGUCUGAGCAGGGACAGCUAUGGCACGAGCGUUUUCCUGCAGGAGCUGAUGUCAGCUCUCAGUCUGCAGCAGCAGCUUCCUCCUCCAGAGCCAUCCGAUCAGGACUUCUACUCGCAGUUCACCAACACAAGCACAGGUAAGAUGCAGAACUAUGAGCUGGUCCACAGCAGCAAGGUGAAGUUCAUUUAUCCCAGUGAGGAGGAGAUGGGAGAUUUGACCUUCAUCGUAGCAGAGAGGAAGACUCCAGCAAGCGUGGCAUCCUCCUCCCCAUGCUCCUUUAACGUCCUGCUGUACCUGCUGGUCUUCCAGGUCCAGAUCCCCAGUAGUCCACCCAGCCAAGGCUCUGCACUCUCAGGCACCUCCUCUUCUGAUUUAGGCUCUGCCCGGUCUCCAGUUCUCCAGCCCAGGACUCUGAUCCUAACCAGCACCGAUGUGUUCCUGCUGGAUGAAGACUAUGUCAGCUAUCCACUACCAGACUUCGCUAAAGAACCUCCAUCCAGGGAGCGGUACCAGCUGCGUGAGGCCCGGAGGAUCCGCGACCUGGACCGGGUGCUGCUGGGCUACCAGACGUACCCCCAGGCUCUGACUCUCGUGUUUGACGACCUGCCCGGCCCUGACCUCCUCUGCCACCUCACCAUGGACCACUUUGCUGUCAGCAGCAAUGAAGCUAAUCCCAGAGGAGGUGUGGCCAGCAGGGGUGCAGAGGGCGAGGUGCAGUGGUGCAUUUUUGUCCCGGGAGCCGACAGCAGAGAGAGGCUGAUUUCGCUCCUCGCUCGACAGUGGGAGGUGCUGUGCAGCCGAGAGCUUCCUGUUGAGCUCACGGGCUGAUUGGUUGACAGCGAUGACAGACAAACAGGUGACUGCUCAGCUGCUGGUUGGUGGGUGGAGUCAUCAUGUGAUUGGGUUCAUUUACACAUGGACUCAGGGUUUGAUUGGUUUAAUCUCAGUGUUGGGCCAUGGAGUCACUGCAGGAGGGACAUCGGGAAGAGAAAUCUGAUCUGAAGAUGAGGAGAGAUUUCUUUGUGGAGGAUGAACACAAAAUUAAAUUUCCUCCCUUUUUUGGUUAAUAAUUGACAGAAACUAAUAAUAACUGGGGUGGAGUCGUGGGUGAAAAUAUUGAGACUCACUGCACUAGACGAUGAAAGCAUUUCUGUGCUUUUUUUUUGGGGGGGGGGGGGUUCUCAGCAUUUCGGUUCUUUGAAGAUGGAGGAACAGGCCACCGAUUGAACACAGUUUGAAGCUUAGUGAGACUUUAUCCUGAGCUUAGACUUCUCACUAUCAGUACAAUUGCGGCCCAGUCAGAUGACGGAGGGUGUCGACCCUGGUCAGAACACAAAAAGGGUACAUCAUAAUGGGCAAAAACCAGUGCUGUGACUUUGGUUCUUCCACUUCUUUGAUGUUGACCAGUAGAAGCGCAGAAUGCCACUAAGCUGUUUAUAACUAAACAUGAUAGUGAUGUUAUCAGAGUUGUUUGGAUUAUUUUGGCCUCCUGUAGCGGUACCAGCUGCGUAAGAUUGGAGGACCCACGGCCUGAAUCUGCUUUGCUCUCAACAGGUGUUUAUACAGAAAGAGAGUAGAAGUAGUGACCAGAGACCGUGAAGCAUCAGUGAAAUUCAGCGACCUGUAGUGAUGGGGUGCCAAAUAGAAAAGGGUUAUCAAGACUAAUGGAGAGCUAUGUGAAGCAGAGCGGGGGGACAGAGUCACGCACAACACUUUGGUUGCUGUUGUCUGUUUACAUUCUUUUCCAGGAAGUUUCUAUAUGGCGCCGCCUUCCUGAUGUUGUGAUUUUAUGACCCUGCAAUCGCCUAAUCUGAGACAGUGACCACCGUAAUUUGAAAAAUCUGAGCCCAGCAGUCAUUCUUCUUACAGAUUGGUGGGAAUCUGGCUCCUUCCCCCUCAGUAGUGUCUGCACAUCACUGGAUUACAGUGACAGGAGACAGGAGAAGAGGCCCGUGACCUUGUACGAAGCCAAAAUCCUGAGAUUUUUUUUUUUUGGCACAACUUCUCCUUCUUGUAAAGCAUCUAACCAUGCAUUGUAUAUUCUUUUUUUAAUUUUUUUAAUUUUAUAUUUUUUUUUCUUUUUGGGGGGGUGGGGGGGUGGGGUUGUAGAUGUUGCACACACAGACUGGAUUUGCACAGCAUUGGGCGCUGCAGAGGGUCCACGGGAGCUCCAAUACUCCUAAUUCAGGAUUAUGUUCUGGUUCAUCUUCUAAGACUCCGUCUUAUCCAGAUGUCGGAUCUGAAGGUGGAUCACCUCCAUUUGCUGGACAUGUUUAGCCUAGCUUAGCACAAAUACUGGAAGCAGAGGGAAAAGGCUAGCGUAGCUUUAUCAAAACAGGAAAGAAAACAUUUAAAUAACUCCAAAGUUAUUUGAUUUACUUGCUUUUAUUUACUGGCUUUAAAACCAAAAAUAGCUUGUGUGUGUGUGUGUUCCUAUUCCUUUGUGUGUUCAGCCUAACUGAUGAUAAGAUCGGGGGGUUUCAUUUGAAAUAGCACAAACACACAGCUGCUCGGCACAAUCUUCUCUCUGAACAUUUUAUUUCUUGCACAUUAUAACUGAUGAAGCAGUAUUACUGAACUGUAUAAUGAAGCUUUUUAAUAAUAUGAUAUUAAUAUAAUUGUUGCUUUUGGACAGACGGAUGUUUCCCAUCCUGAAGCUUAUUUUGUAAAAAGACACAAGGGUCCUGAUUAUUAUCAUCAUGAACUCUGAAAUGUAGUAUUAUCAUCGAGUGUUAUUUUUAAUAUAUUUUGCUUUGUGUUUUAUGUAAUUUUGUUUUUCUUACAAUACAAAUGACACAUAGGAUGCUCUCCCACCCGUCACCACUGUUGUUUAACAUUAUUGGGCAUUGUAAACGGGAAAUACCACUGAAUUAAAAUGAAACUGAAAGCUUU